AUGAGACAAGACAAGGGGCCUUUUCACAGGACUGAAGCCCUCGACAGCCUCUCUGAUGACAGUUCUCUUCGUAAUUACCAAACGUCACAGGAAAACAAUGUCGGAGGAAGGACAGAGGAGGACGAUGGUAUCCCAACUGCGGUGAUUGUGCAUCGCUUUGUGGCACAGUAUGAUGAAUUUAUACAUCAGCUUACAAUGUCUAAGGAUCAAUCCUGCUGCUCUGAUGGAUGGAAUCAACCAGAAUACAGAACACUGAGUGUCAGCGCUGCGUGCUACCAGGCCAGAGGGAAGACACAGGCAUCAAGGAUGCCUGCCUUUCUUUGGCUUACUCUGCAGGACAUGGUCUGUGCGGAUAAGGCCCUGAUUCAUGUGAGGAUUUCAAGGGUGCAGCUAUGGCUGGGGGUUUGCCUCGCCCUUUCUGCAUAUCCCCUGAGUGGGCAUGCUCAGCCCCAUACACAUCCAGAAGUGGUGAUACCAUUGAGGGUCUCUGCCACUAGUGGAGACAUAAGGUCUCCAACCUGGUUGUCCUAUAGUAUGAGAUUUGGGGGCCAGAGACACAUUGCCCACCUGAAGGUCAAGCGGGUGCUGGUAUCCAGUCCGUUUUCUGUGUUUACCUACACUAAGCAGGGUGCCCUUCAAGAAGACCAGCCUUUCAUCCCAAUGGACUGCUACUACUAUGGGUAUGUGGAAGGGGACCCAGAGUCCAUGGUUGCUAUCAACACCUGCCUGGGGGGCUUUCAAGGAACAAUACAGAUAAAUAACACCAGUUAUGAAAUCAAGCCCAAGAACCUUUCUUCCACAUUUGAACAUCUGAUUUAUAAAUUGGACAGCAACGACACCCAGCAGUCCCACAUGAGAUGUGGACUAACAGAAGAAGAACUACAGCGACAAAUGAAGUUUCAAGACAGUGACAACACUAUACUGAUGCAAAGUGGCUAUGAGGGCUGGUGGACGCAUGAACACUUCGUUGAAGUUGCAGUUGUUGUAGAUAAUAAUCACUUUGUACAUCGAAAACGUAAUGCCACGAUAAUUCAGAUAGAAGCUCUUACGAUUUUCGUUAUUAUAAAUGAAUAUUAUACGUCUCUGGAAACAGAUGUGUUUAUAAGGGGGCUUGAGAUUUGGACUGAAAGAAAUCCAAUUCAUAUAAAGGGAAACAUGAGUGAUAUCAUGAGACUAUUUUGCGAUUGGAAGGCAAAUAUUGUUCACCGCCUUCCUCAUGAUAGUAUACAAUUUAUUGUAAGGCACUCCUAUGGAAUACUUGUGGGUUUAGGGUAUGUGAAAACAGUAUGUGGUAACAAAUAUAAUUGUGGAAUAAAUUCCUUUGCAAAUGAGAACAUAAAAGUUCUUUCACACGUUAUGGCACAUGAGGUGGGUCAUAAUUUGGGCAUGUAUCAUGAUAACAAGACAUGUGUUUGUGGCCAGAGGUUCUGUAUCAUGUAUGAAUAUGUAAGUGAUUCCAGACGUUGGAGCAACUGUAGUUAUGGAGAGGCAUAUAACACUUUUAUGACACGUGCCUGUAUACGCAAUAUUCCAAAACCAUUGAAAGCUGUCACCAAGAAACAUGAGGUCUGUGGGAAUGGUGUGGUUGAAGAUGGAGAAGUAUGUGACUGUGGAUCCAAGGAAUCUUGUAUGAAAGAUCCCUGUUGCAUGGCAGAUUGCACUCUGAAAAAUGGUUCUGAUUGUGCUGUGGGGGGUUGUUGCAAAGACUGCCGCUUUGUGCCAUCAGGCACACUGUGUAGAGACGUGGCAAAUGAGUGUGAUCUUCCUGAGUGGUGCAAUGGAACUUCCCAGGAAUGUCCUCAUGAUGUGUAUAUGCAGGGAGGAAGCCCUUGCAAGGACAAUAACUACUGCUAUGAAAAGAAGUGUCAUAAUCGUGAGGAACAGUGUCACCAAAUUUUUGGCAACCAAUCCAGAAGUGCAGAACAGAGGUGCUACAAGGAAGUGAACCUCCGAGGUGACCGUUUUGGCAACUGUGGUAUGACAGCUCGCAAUUACUUAAGAUGUCAUCCCCCACAUGUCCUUUGUGGCCGAAUUCAGUGUGUGAAUGUGACAGAUUUUCCCAAUAUGAAAGGUCAUACCACUGUGCAUUUGCGUCAAGUCGAUGACAUCACUUGCUGGGGUAUUGACUACCACUGGGGGCUGAAAACACCUGAUGUUGGUGAAGUGGAAGAUGGCAAUGCCUGUGGUGUGAACAAAAUGUGUUUGCGCAGGAAGUGUGUUCCUUUGAAAGUUUUGCAACGAGAUUGCAAUUCUAAAACCUGCAAAAGGAGAGGAGUCUGCAACAAUAAAGGUCACUGCCAUUGUGAUGUAGGAUGGAAACCACCAAACUGCCUGACAGCUGUACUUUCUUUUAAGCAGUGCAAUUACAGCCAUGCACCCUCGGCUCCAUUUCCCAUCUCUGUAGACAACAUUGCUCUGCUGGCCUUUAUGUCCCACGGGGACAUGGACAUGCUGAGAGCAGCAAAGCAGGACUCCUCAAGCAUCUGA